UUUCUAUUCUGUUGGGUAAAGGUCUUAAGGAGCAAGAGAUCAGACAAUGGAAGUAGAAACAACAGCUCAUCUCAUUUUAUAUGGACUGCUGGUGUUUCUGGGUAUUUUGGGAAAUAUUUUGGUCUUGGUAACAAUAUUAGCCACAACGGUGGAAAACCAUGGACUUGCUGCUUCUGACAUCAUCCUCAGCAACCUGGCAGCCGUCAAUCUGCUCCUAUCAACCUUCCGGAACAUCCUCCUCUUCAUCACGGAGUCAGGGGUCAACAUCUUGCUGACCCUCAACUGGUGCCGAAUAUUCAUGUUCCUCUGGGUGUGGCUAAAGUCUGUGAGUGUGUGGGUUACCUUCUGCCUGAGUUGUUUCCAUUUUCUCAAGAUAAAACAACAUGUCCAUCUGAGCACCAAGAGGAAGGAGAUUAUAUAUGUGUUGGUGAUAUUGCUUGCCGUGUGGUUUGUUAAUUUUCUGUACGCAGUCCCAGCUUUUGUUUACUCCCAUGCUGUCAGUGGGAACGAAACAAAGAUUCUGAUGCUGGUCAGCACCACCACAGAUCCUUUCCUGGGCUGUGUUUGGAGGUUCCCAACUCGAGAAAGUGGCAUAAUGUUUGCAGUCUUCACCCUUGUCCUUCAUGAACUCAUACCCAUUUUACUGAUGGUGGGCACCAAUCUCAGCACUGUGUAUUACCUCAGCAAACACAUUAGAGCAAUUGCAGACGAGCAUUUGCACAGUGUGCAGGUCGAGAGGACAGCUGCCAAGCUGAUCCUGGCUCUAGUAACAUUGUUUGUCCUCUGUACGCUCACUCACAUGUUAGCUGUGGGUUAUUACAAUCACAAUGCGGGCCCAUCCACUGCCUUUCUGCUGACUCUGGCGAGGUACUUUGCCUCACUGUUUAUAGGCUUCAGUCCUCUGUUAAUAGCUGCGGGACACAGCAAACUGCGAAAUAAAGUUUGCAAGGUAUUACACAUCAAAAUAGUUUAA